UGCGAUUGCUGCCAGACAUUCACCUUUGACCUAUAAUUUUGUCGUCUGACACACGUGAAGUGAAUCUGGAAAGAGAUUUUUGGUGAAAAAUGUUGUAUCUUGUUGGACUGGGGCUUGGCGAUGCGAAGGAUAUCACUGUAAAGGGUCUUGAGGUUGUGAGAAGGGCGAAGUGGGUAUUUCUGGAGGCGUACACGUCCAUUCUUACGUGUGGAAAGGAUGCGUUGGAGGAAUUUUAUGGCAGAGAAGUUAUACUUGCUGACAGAGACAUGGUGGAACAAGAAUCAGAUGCAAUAUUCAAAGAUGCCAAAGAGGAGGAUAUUGCCUUCUUAGUGGUGGGAGAUCCUUUUGGUGCAACAACCCACAGUGAUCUCGUGUUGCGGGCAAUAGAACUGGACAUUCCAUAUAAGGUCAUCCACAAUGCCUCCAUCAUGAAUGCUGUAGGCUGCUGUGGGCUCCAGCUGUAUAACUUUGGUGAAACCGUGUCUGUAGUAUUCUGGACAGAUGACUGGAAACCUGACAGCUACUAUGACAAGAUAGCAGCCAACAGGGAGAAGGGAUGGCACACGCUUUGUUUGUUAGAUAUCAAAGUGAAGGAACAGUCUAUAGAAAACUUGAUGAAGGGAAGGAAAAUCUAUGAGCCUCCUCGAUACAUGACAGUGAAGCAAGCAGCUGAACAGUUUCUGGAAAUAGUGCAGAAGAAGAAGGAGCAAGGGGCAGAAAAACAAGCCAUUGAAGAGGACACCAUCUGUGUAGGACUAGCCAGGAUUGGGACGGACACACAGCAGAUAGCAGCGGGCACCCUGACACAGCUGGCUGAGACGGACAUGGGAGGGCCGCUUCACUCUUUAGUCAUCCCUGGACACAUGCAUCCGCUGGAGAUAGACAUGCUCAGGCACUUCGCUAUAGAUAGGGAGAGCUUUGACACAAGUGUACAUGUGGAAGAAUAAAUCAUCUUGCAUUCAUGUACAGUGGUACUAGUAUAUCAUGUUAAGAUUGUAUAGUCAGUGUCAUUUUAUUGACCCUGUACCUUUGGUGUCAAGUAUCUUUGUCUCUUUACAAUGUAAAUGAUAUGUAAUCAUGUGUAAAUGAUAUGUAAUCAAAAAGUGCUCAUAUCCUGGUCUCCUAUGAUUUAUAAAUUCAUUUCGUCAAUGCACAAAUUUAUCUACUUCCACUUCACUACCAAAUUUCAGUGAUUUUGUAAAGAAAAUGCUCGUGGUGAAAACAACCAUUUUUUUCUUUUUACAAAUUUAGGUAAGCGUAGGACAGUACAUGUGUAAAGAAGUCGUUGAUUUAUGCAAAAUAUACCAAGGGGAAGACAAGUAAACAACAUAAAUUUGUUUUAUCAAUUUGAAUCUGUUGAAUAUGAAGUUCAAAAUGUGUUCUAGACUGGUGGAAAAGAGGUUUUUGAUUAAUUUAAAUGUUUCAGACCCAUAGAUUUGUCUAACCUGUCCCAAAUCAGGGAUGCAUACUUAAGUUGAGUAAAAUGGUACUGUCUAGUUCCUUCUUCAAUAACAACAUGAAACAAGACAGCAAUACAAAAUGACAUACCCUUUAUUUCAUUGAGUGUUCUUCUAAAUUGUGCAUGAACACUUCUACUGCUAUGUUUACAUUUAAAAGAAGGUUUAGAAGAAAGAAACAUGGCCAUGUUUAAUGCAGCACAUGUGGAAAACAUAUACAUAUGUAGUAGUCUUCACACACACACAGGAGUCAAAAUACAUUGUUUCUACCAUGACCAGACACAUAGUUCACAUGCAGUUGGCUAAAUCUUUUUUAUGUCGUACAAAGAUCAAGCUCCAUGGUCAAGUAAUACUGACCACAUGCAAGUCCCAUAGAUUACAUAGUAACCAUAGCAACCAUACAGAGUAACCAUAGAGAUUUGUUCUGCUUCUAUUUUUGCAUACAAUGAAGGCGAGACACCAGAAUGCAUCAUUGUAGUGCUGAGGUACAAACAGGGCUUACUCCUUUGCUAACAUGCUUCCCUUUUAUCAUUCUUGCACCUGAAAAGCUGCAUUGAAAGAAUCU